AUGGUACCUCGCUCUGAGGAUGUCCGUCAUGUGGCGCACAAAAGCUUAGCACCUUUUCACCGGAAUCGAGUGAGAUUGCCUCGGAAACAGCGUCAGCAUGAAUUUUCCAGUAAAGCCAAUCGACAGCUGGUCAAGCGGAAUCGGCCGUCGUCUUCUGGUAGAGCCAACCUUCGAAUCUCUUCACCGCACACUUCCACUCGAAAUGAAAGUAAGCUCAGCAGUCAAGAUUCAUACACAAUCGAGUAUGAGCGAAUUGAGCAAACCUUUCUCUAUCCAUCCACAGUUAAUUUUUUUCUCGCUACCAGUAAAGAGCCGGUCAGAGUUCGUAACUUGGUGUCAAUUUGA